AUGGCGGGCCUCAACCGACAACAUGAUCGCAGCAGCAGGUCGUCCUGUGAUGAGUCUCAAUCUGAGACUGAGGCACCCAUCCACAAUGAGAUGGCAGACCACAACCAAACUACGAUCAAAGAGUUUUUCUCAGAGAAGAAGGUCAUUGAAUCAUCCUCGACUCAGUCUCAUCAGAGUACAAUCAACAAGUUUUUCAAGAAGAAAAUAUCGGAGAAGAAGACGAGCUCCUUGCAAACUACUUUUCAGAAGAAGACCAUCGUGACCAUCAACAAGACGAGCGCCAAACAGGGUGAAAGCAAGCCAUCCGGGCAAUCAUCAGCAACUCAGACCACUGGGAAGCCUGAUGAUGUCAACUUGGAUGACAAAACCACUGUGGCACGCUUCUAUGUGGACCCUAUGGCAAAGCCGCCGGCAAAACCACGGCGUUGGGAUGGAUUUUGCAUCUUCUCAGAUGGGUUG